AUGGCCGAGGUGUUAUGUACGUGGCAAUCAGAUGGACGGGGUGCCCCUAGCUCACCUGAACAUGGAUUCCCAGCUCCUUGUUUGCUUGUUCACAAAUCUACAGAGUUCCAAUUUAGAUUGGCUCCCAAUUGCUGUACGCUCAGCCAGCGACGGCGCUGCUUCGCUGCACCUACGCUGGAUGCUCUUGGCCUCGCAUGCGGCAGCCAUGAAUGCUACAACUCCAUAGACGUCGCACUUGGGGGGGCCGUGCAGCCCUUUCCAGUAGACCGCAAGCAGGCUGGAAUGAUGCACAUGGACGGCAUUGUCAUGCCUAGGGGGGUGGGUGCCCAAGGCGCAAUCCCUUGGGAAGGUAACGCGCCUGCCCCCUACUUCGACCUCCCCUCGCAGCAUUCAAGUUUCCCUUCCCACCCGGGUAGGUAUUUCCUUCCCCCCGCCCCCUUCCCUACAAAACGCAGCAACGCUCCGCUGCACCCAAUGGCUGCCUGCCUGCCAUGGCUCUUAGCUGCCAUCACCACUGCCGCUGAAUAUGCCCCGCCGCUGCUGAGUCCUCUUCCGGUAUUGGGGGCGGGUAGAGCGACAACAGAAGAUCCAAUGACGCAGUUCUUUAUUAUUCGUUCUUCCACGGAGCACAAUGUCGAAGUCUCUAUGCGCAGAGGCGUCUGGGCAACUAUACCUCGGAACGAAGCGAGGCUCGCACAAGCCGUACAGGAAGCCCGCCAUGUGAUUUUAUUCUUUCGCGUCCAGUCUUCUCAGUGUUGGGCAGGAUAUGCCCUCAUGAAGAACGCACCGGGGGAAGGCUCGUAUCCUUCUAGCGUUUUCAGUGGACGGAGCGGUCGACCCUUUGUUGGUCUUACGUUUGACAUCCAGUGGAUAAGGCAGGUUCCCCUCAGCAUUGAGAAAACACGUAAUCUGCUUAACCGCUUCAACAACGGGGAAUCUGUUAACAGAGCUAUGGACGGACAGCCCGUAGAUCCCGAAGCGGGGAAGGCUUUGGCUUUCCUCUUCGACGAAAUGGCAGCGAACACGCGACUCCCUUCCUACGCGCCAGCCUACCAAACCGCGCGGCGCGUUGCUGCGUGCGUUGGUUUUUGUGCGGUUGCCUCAAUCGUCGCAGGAGGAGACGGACAUCGAGCGCUCAGUAAUAAUCCAGCAAUGCGAGUUUUCCCAGUAGAUCUCACCGAAAUGACGUAUGAGGACUACAUCGACACCUAUGAGGCCUCGCAAGCUUUGUGGAAUCGCGUCUUCGAGAAACACGGCUAUGUCUUGGACUCUGCUGCUGCUGCUGCUGCUGCUGCGAUCGCGGCGGGAGAGCCUGGCGUGGCUGCGUCAUUUGGAGGACCCCCUCCCAAGACGAAAGGCCUUAUGAGGCCUUUCGCAACAGCUUCGGAGUCUGUCGCUGGUGCGGCAUGCGCAGGCGCAGCGACAGCAGGACCAGGAGCUUCUCUGACCUCGCGCUGCUUCUCCUGCUCUUGCUGUGCAGCAGCUGACUGCGGGAAAAACGCCUCUUCCGCAGUCAAGGGGUUCGUCGCCACGCAACGGGAGUCGCAACAGGAGCCUCGCUCGCCGACAGACGCCGCUAAGCGAGGCCGCCUAAUAACACACCCGUCCGAAGACACCAGCCUACCAGCAGUCUACAUGCCCCCUCGACAUAUAUCACCGCGCGUGGCAUGGCACUAG